AGCUGCCCCCUGGUGAUGCCGCAGCACCGGGGGUCUCCAUCCCUGCACCCCGAGGGGUUUGGGGGGCAGCUCAGUGUGGGGGUGGCCCCAUCCCCCCCCCGUGUGUGCACCCGCAGGGUGGUGGCAGGGCUCGGUGCUGCUGGGGGGGGCAGGGGCAGGGUUCCUGGAGGAGGAGGAGGAGGAGGAGGAGGAGGAGGAAGAGGAAGGCGGGCCGGGACUCACGGCUCCUCUCGGACGCACCAUGAGCAGGGCGGGGGGCAGCGGGGCCCCCCCGGCACCGCCGCAGGAGUACGAGGUGGCCGGCAAGGUGAUGUUACUCGGAGACUCGGGCGUGGGGAAAACCUGCUUCCUGCUGCAGUUCAGAGACGGGGCCUUUCUCUCCGGGACGUUCAUAGCCACCGUGGGCAUAGAUUUCCGGAACAAGGUGGUGGCCGUGGAUGGCGUGAAGGUGAAGCUGCAGAUUUGGGACACGGCAGGGCAGGAGCGAUUCCGCAGCGUGACCCACGCCUACUACAGGGAUGCCCAAGCCUUGCUGCUGCUCUACGACAUCACCAGCAAGAUGUCCUUCGACAACAUCCGCGUGAGUGCCCCCGCCCCGCGUGCGUCCCCAGGGAUGGGGAAUGCCUGUUUUACUUUUUGGGACCCAGGCAGCUCGGAGCUCGUCCCCUGGGCGCGUUUUGUUUCGGGGCACUGCAAAUGGCCGGAGGGGGAGAGCCUGGGGUGGGGGUUCUCCCCUGGGCAAUGGACAUUCGUGGCUCCCCGAACCCCCCGGUUCCUGGGAGCCCCCUGCGCACCCACCUGCCCGCCUGCCGGAUGCCCCCAGGUGGCUGACGCUCUCCCUUUUCCGCAGGCUGACGUGAGCAGCGAGCGGGCCGUGAGGACAGAGGACGGAGCCUCGCUGGCCAGGGAGUACGGGGUGCCCUUCAUGGAGACGAGCGCCAAGACGGGGAUGAACGUGGAGCUGGCCUUCCUCGCCAUCGCUAAGGAGCUGAAGCAGCGAGCGCUGCAGCCGCCGGACGAGCCCCGCUUCCAGAUCCACGACUACAUCGAGGCGCAGCAGAAGAAAUCCGGCUGCUGCGCCUUCGCCUGAGAGCGGCGGGCAGGGACCCGGGCGCAGGCAGGGCUGGGGCAGAGCGGGGCCCAAUCCUGCCCCCAGCACCCACGGGCGUGCCAAAGCACAGGGUGCAGGAGGAGAGACGUUACCCCGGUCUGGCGUGGUGCUGAGCAGGGGCCGGAUCCUGCCGCCCUGCGGGGUGGUGCCAGGGGCUCGCCGUGCGCCCCAACCACAGCGUGAUGCCUGCCAGCCCGAGGGUCGUGGCGAUGCCACCGUCACCCCAGCAGGACUCAGGAAACGGCCCCAGCACCCGGCCUCUCCCCUGCGGCCGUGCCCUCGCUGUGCUCCCAUCCAGCUGGGAGGGCCGGAUCCUGCCCCGCUUCCCUGCUGCUUCCCCCCGGGGAGCCACCGGACCCAUCCCCGUGCCGGUGCCCGGCCCUGGCCUCGGCUCCUCAUCGGCACUUCUGGGGUGUCCCCGCCUGCUCCCCGCCUGCUGCAGCUGGAGCCAGAGAUUAAGGAGCCCCCGGAGCCCCCGGUGACUUCGGGCACACGCGGCAGUUUGGAAAACCUUCAUUUUCCCCUCGUGCAGCUGUGGGGUUUGGAGGCUUUUAGUUUCUUUACUUAAGGGAAAAGCUUUUCCCAUUUCAGCCCCUCCGGACCAAACCAGCUGCGGCCUCGCGCAGGCUGGGGAUGGGGCUGAAGCGGCCCUUGGUGGGCUGGAAAUCUUCUGCAGGUUCCCUGGGCCCGUGGUGGGCUGGGGGCACUCGUGCGUGUCCCAAAAUGAGCUUGGCAGGCUGCGGGGUGUGGGCAGCGAGGCUCGGGCACCGCGGGGCUGCGGCUCCAGUGCUCAGCUUCGCUCAGCAUCGCACCCCCCGGCACCCAGUGCCACGCAGGGCACCAGGAUGGGGAAUAUUUGGGAUGGGGAAUAUUUGGGAUGGGGAGUGUUUGGGAUGGGGAGUGUUUGGGGUGCUGCUGGAGGUGUCGAGGGCAGCCGCAGAGCUCACAGCCCCACUGCACGCGGGGGCUGCCGGGCACAGCACGCCGUCAGCACCCUCCCUGCCCCGGUGCCUCCUUCGCCCCCGCUGUCCUGCCGGGUCUCUUUGCAAGUUUACAGAUUAAAGCUGGGUAUUUUUGAGGCUUUG